AUGACUUCUCUGGGUACUAACUCAUCAGCUAUGAGCGACCUUACUGACAAAACAGUUUUCCUUGCCGGUGGUUCGACGGGUCUUGGUGAGGAACUGGCGGUCGCGCUGGCGAGUCGAGGUUGCCACGUUACCAUUUUCGCGCGUCGGCAAGAACAGCUUGAAAUCGCGAGAGAAAAGGUUUCUGCUGCAAGAAAGUCUCAAAGCCAAGACAUAAUCGUCCAGUCACUUGAUUUAACAGAUCCAGAAAAGAUCCAAUCUACAUUCGCAUCUCAACCAAGGCUGCCAGAUAUUCUUUACUGCCUAGCUGGAGGUACUACUAAUGAACUCGGGUUUCUCGUUGACCUCGAUCCUACAGAUCUGCAGCGAUGCAUGACCAACAACUAUCUUACAAGUGCCUACCCAGCACAAGCGAUAUUGAAACUAUGGGUUCAAGAUGACAAGCAAAAGAAAUCAAGUCCUAGUGUCAAAGGGUCUGUCAAACGCAGGAAAUUGGUUUUUAUCAGUAGUGCUGCUGCUUUUGUGGCCUUUCCUGGCUAUAUCGCGUAUACGCCCGCAAAAUGCGCCGUACGAGCUCUGGCCGAUACUCUUCGCUCCGAGUUGAAGAGAUACUCAGGCCCUGUAUCAGAGUACUCCGUACAUAUCAGUUUUCCAUCAAACUUCAUCUCACCGUCCUUCAUUGACGAGCUUGGCAAUAAACCAGAGAUAACGAAACAGCUCGACGGAACUGCUGCACCGAUAACUGAGUUGACGCAGAAGCUCCACUCGUCGAAACAGGUAGCUGAUUAUAUCUUGAAGGAAGUUGAUAAGAAUGAGUAUGUUAUUUGCAGCGAGUAUGAAGCGGCCUUGUUGUUCGGGGCUAUGAUAGGGCCUUCACCAAAGAGAGGAAUUGGGUUUGUCGAUUCAUGUGUUUCUAUUGCAGCUGUUGCCGCUGGCCCGAUUAUUAGGCGAUACCUUGACGCAAAAGUAGAUAAAGACCGUGUUAUGUUUAAUUAA